AUGGCAGACUCCACCAUCACCAUAGAUGACAUUGAGGGAGAGCUAUUCAAGAUCGACAGAAUUCGAGAUGUGCUGGUCAGAAGAGAGUCAGAACUCAGAUACAUGUGAGUGUCUUGUAUGUCUGAUAUCUCUAAUCUGGAUAUCUCUAAUGUAUUGUCAUUUAUUAUUCUGAAUAGCAGGGUGGUGUGCUUGUGCAUGUGUGUGCAAUUUUUUUGAAUUUAUUAGGAUACCCAUUAGCUGUUGCGAAAGCAGCAGCUACUCUUCCUGGGGUCCACACGAAACAUGAAACAACAUAAUACAUUAAUAGACAAGAACAGCUCAAGGACAGAACUACAUAAAAUGAAAAUGGCACACAUAGCCUACAUAUCAAUACAUACAAACAAAAUAUCUAGGUCAGAUAGGGGAGAGGUGUGCCGUGAGGUGUUGCUUUAUCUGUUUUCUGAAACCAGGUUUGCUGUUCAUUUGAGCAAUAUGAGAUGGAAGGGAGUUCCAUGCAAUAAUGGCUCUAUAUAAUACUGUACGCUUUCAUGAGUUUGUUCUGGAUUUGGGGACUGUGAAAAGACCCCUGGUGGCAUGUCUGGUGGGGGUAAGUGUGUGUGUCAGAGCUGUGUGUAAGUUUACUAUGCAAACAAUUUGGAAUUUUCAACACAUUAAUGUUUCUUAUAAAAAUAAGUGAUGCAGUCAGUCUCUCCUCAACUCUUAGCCAAGAGAGACUGGCAUGCAUAGUAUUUAUAUUAGCCCUCUGAUUACAAUGAAGAGCAAGAUGUGCCGCUCUGUUCUGGACCAGCUGCAGCUUAACUAGGUCUUUCCUUGAGGCACUACACCACACGACUGGACAAUAAUCAAGAGAAGACAAAACUAGAGCCUGCAGGACUUGCUUUUUGGAGUGUGGUGUCAAAAAAGCAGAGCAUCUAUUUAUUAUGGACAGACCUCUUCCCAUCUUUACAACCAUUGAAUCUAUAUGUUUUGACCAUGACAGUUUACAAUCUAAGGUAACACCAAGUAAUUUAGUCAACUUGUUCAACAGCCACGCCAUUCAUUACCAGAUUCAGCUGAGGUCUAGAGCUUAGGGAAUGAUUUGUACCAAAUACAAUGCUCUUAGUUUUAGAGAUGUUCAGGACCAGUUUAUUACUGGCCACCCAUUCCAAAACUGACUGCAACUCCUUGUUAAUGGUUUCAGCGACUUCAUUAGCUGUGGUUGCUGACACGUACAGUAUAUGGUUGAAUCAUCAGCAUACAUGGACACACAGGCUUUGUUUAAUGUCAGUGGCAGAUCAUUGGUAUAAAUAGAACAGAGUAGAGGGCCUAGAGAGCUGCCCUGUGGUACACCACACCCUAUAUGUUUGAUAUUAGAGAGGCUUCCAUUAAAGGAAACCCUCUGAGUUCUAUUAGAUAGAUAGCUCUGAAUCCACAAUAUGGCAGAGGUUGAAAAGCCAUAAAACAUAUGUUUUCUCAACAACAGGUUAUGGUCAAUAAUAUCAAAGGCUGGUCAAACACAAUUCUUUCCAACUGUUUUCUAAGAGCUGGCAAUAAGCUGAUAGGUCUACUGUUAGAACCAGUAAAAGCCACUUUACCACUUUUGGGUAGCGGAAUGACUUUGGCUUCCCUCCAGGCCUGAGGACAAACACCUUCCUCUUUUAAUUUAAAUAUGCCACUUAGCAGACGCUUUUAUCCAAAGCGACUUACAGUCAUGCGUGCAUACAUUUCUUUUUUUGUGUAUGGGUGGUCCCGGGGAUCGAACCCACUACCCUGGCGUUACAAGCGCCGUGCUCUACCAGCUGAGCUACAGAGGACCACAGAUAUGACAGAUAGGAGUGUGUCACGAUCGUCGGGAACAGAGGACCAAUGCGCAGCGUUAUUUGCGAACAUAUUUAUUAUAGAUAAUGAUCACACGAACAAAACAACAAAACGAUAACGUGACGUCCCUGGUUACAUACACAAACCAACACGGAACAAGAUCCCACAAAUACUGUGGAAAAACAGACUGUUUAAAUAUGGUUCCCAAUCAGAGACAACCAGCAACAGCUGACACUCGUUGCCUCUGAUUGAGAACCACUCUGGCCAACAUAGAAACACAAUAACUAGAACACCCUAGAAACACAAAACACAAAGAACACUCACACCCUGGCUCAACAUACAAGCGUCCCCAGAGCCAGGGUGUGACAGUACCCCCCCCCCCCCCCCCCCCCCCAAAGGCGCGGACUCCGACCGCGCCAACAGAACACCACAGGGGAGGGACCGGGUGGGCACUACGCCUUGGCGGCGGAUCCGGCUCCGGGCAUGAUCCCCACUCCCUCUCUAACCCCCCACAGUACCCCUGGUCCGGUCUGGCCCUGCUGGCCGGAGCUGGACUGAACACUGGUGGAGCGGAUUGCUCUAGCUCCGGCGUGGAGCAGCUGACCGGUGCCGGACCAGGCACCGGUGGAACAGGCACAAGCUGUGCCGGACUGACGACGCACACCACUGGCUUGGUGUGGGGAGCAGGAACAGGCCGAGCCGGGCUGGCGACGCGCACCAUUGGCCUGGUGCGGGGAGCAGGAACGGGCCGGACCGGGCUGGCGACGCGCACCAUAGGCUUGGUGCGGGGAGCAGGAGCGGGCCGGACCGGGCUGACGAAGCGCACCACUGACUUGGUGCGGGGAGCAGGAACAGGCCGGGCCGGGCUGGCGACGCGCACCAUUGGCUUGGUGCGGGGAGAAGGAACAGGCCGGGCCGGGCUGGCGACGCGCACCAUAGGCUUGGUGCGGGGAGCAGAAACAGGCCGGACUGGGUUGGCGACGCGCACCACAGGCUCGGUGCGAGGGACAGGAACAGGCCGGACUGGGUUGGCGACGCGCACCACAGGCUCGGUGCGAGGGACAGGAACAGGCCGGACCGUACUGGGGACACACACCACUGGCCCUACGCGGGGAUCAGGAACGGGCCGGACCGGACUGGUAACACACCCCAGUACCUCUCGCCGUGCCUCUACACUUUCCUUCCCCUUUGUGACCAGCGGCCCCCGUAACCUGGCGGCCUCCUCUGCCAACCCGCUGGACCGCUCUAUUGCGGCCUCCUGCUGCCCCGUCGUCCACGGCGUGAGCCCCCCCCCUAAAAAAUGUCUGGGCGUCUCUCCUCCCCGUGGACCAGGCCUCCCUAUCUCUCGCCAGACUCUCACCCCACUGCUCCAAAGUCCAACCUCUCUGCUCUUCACUUGGCUUGGCCCAGUCGAGACUCUUCCUCCACUGCUCCCAAGUCCACCCUCUCUGCUCUUCACUUGGCUUGGCCCAGUCGAGACUCUUCCUCCACUGCUCCCAAGUCCAACCUCUCUGCUCUUCACUUGGCUUGAUCCAGUCGAGGUUGCAACGGAGAUCCGCUAGAGAUUCCCCUGGCGAUGGCUCCUGGACACGCUGCUUGGUCCAGUUUUGGUGGGAUCUUCUGUCACGAUCGUCGGGAACAGAGGACCAAUGCGCAGCGUUAUUUGCAAACAUAUUUAUUAUAGAUAAUGAUCACACGAACAAAACAACAAAACGAUAACGUGACGUCCCUGGUUACAUACACAAACCAACACGGAACAAGAUCCCACAAAUACUGUGGAAAAACAGACUGUUUAAAUAUGGUUCCCAAUCAGAGACAACCAGCAACAGCUGACACUCGUUGCCUCUGAUUGAGAACCACUCUGGCCAACAUAGAAACACAAUAACUAGAACACCCUAGAAACACAAAACACAAAGAACACUCACACCCUGGCUCAACAUACAAGCGUCCCCAGAGCCAGGGCGUGACAGAGUGGCUAUAGAGUCAGCUACCAUCCUCAGUAGCUUACCAUCUAAAUUGUCAAUGCCAGGAGGUUUGUCAUUAUUGAUCAAUAACAAUCAUUUUUGCACCUCUCCCACACUAACUUUACAAAAUUCUAACAAUGCUUUUCUUUCAUUAUUUGUUUUUUAAUGCAUGAAUUCGAUGGCUCACUGUUCGUUGUUGGCAUUUCCUGCCUAAGUUUGCCCACUUUGCCAAUGAAGUAAUCAUUAAAAUAAUUGCCAACAUCAAAUGGUUUUGUGAUGAAUAAGCCAUCUGAUUCGAUGAAAGUUUAAUUUUCUGCCCAUCAUUUCAUUUAAAGUACUCCAAAGUUUUCUUUCCAUCAUUCUUUAUAUCAUUUAUCUUAAUACAGUUUUUUGUUGAGUUUAGUUAUAUAUUUUCUCAAUGUGCAGUAAGUCAGCCAGUCAGAUGUGAAGCCAGACUUAUUAGCCAAUCCUUUUACUCCAUCUCUUUCAACCAUACAGUUGUUAAUUUCCUCAUCAAUCCAUGGAGUCUUAACAGUUCUAACAGUCAGUUUCUAAACAGGUGCAUGUUUAUCAAUAAUUGGAAGAAGCAAUCACCUGAAUUCUUCAAAUUCUUCAUACUGGAUGCUUCUUAUUAAUCACAUCAGACCAACAAAUAUUUUUAACGUCAUCCACAUCACAUCAUCCUCAUCUUUUGUAUGAUCUAUUAUACACUAUUUUAGACCCAGCUUUUGGAACUUUGGCUUUCCUGGAUAUAGCAACUAUAUUGUGAUCACUGCGUGUGACACUCUGGCUCCAUGGACUUUGAUAUUUGAGCCAGGGUUGUUCAUUUUCAUUUGUUUGGGUGUAUUUCUAUGUUGGGGUGUCUAGGUUGUUGAUUUCUAUGUUUGGUGAUUGUGCUUGUUUAGUCAUAUGACUCCCAAUCGGAGGUAACGAGUGUCAGCUGUCGGCUCGUUAUCUCUGAUUGGGAGCCAUAUUUAUACUGUGUGGUUUCUCCUUGGUUUUGUGGGUUUUUGUUCCAUGUUUCUGUCAGUGUUACAGAGGACUUCACUAUCGUCAUUUGUUGUUUUUUCGUGGUUGCUUUAUUAAAUAAAGUCAUCAUGUUCACUCCCCGCGCUGCGUAUUGGUCCGCUUCUUCAGACGAUCGUGACACUGCGUCCAACGGGUACGGAUACAGCUUUAGAACAAAGUUGGAUGAUCUUGUUCCUGUAUUGUUUGUAAACACCCUGGUAGGUUGAUUAAUAACCUGAACCAGAUUACAGGCACUGGUUACAGUGAGAUGCUUCCUCUUGAGCGGACAGCUUGAUUAAAACCAGUCAAUACUCUCUGUUUACAUCACAUACACUAUCAAGCAUUUCACACACAUUAUUUAGAAACUGAGUUUUAGCAUUUGGUGGCCUAUAGCAACACCCCAAAAUAAUAGGCUUUAGAUGACGCAGGUUAACCUGCAAUCACAGCACUUCAAUGACACUUGACAUGAGAUCUUCUCUAAGCAUUACAGGGAUAUGGUUUUGAAUAUACAAUGCAUUCGGAAAGUAUUCAGACCCUUGAAUUUUUCCACAUUUUGUUAUGUUACAGCCUUAUUCUAAAAUGGAUUAAAUAAAUAAAACAUCCUCAUCAAUCUACACACAAUACCCCAUAAUGACAAAGCGAAAACAGGUUUCUGAAAUUUUUGCAAAUGUAUUACAAAUAAAAAACAGAAAUACCUUAUUUACAUAAGUAUUCAGACCCUUUGCUAUGAGACUCAAAAUUAAGCUCAGGUGCAUCCUGUUUCCAUUGAUCAUCCUUGAGCUGUUUCUACAACUUGAUUGGAGUCCACCUGUGGUAAUUGGACAUGAUUUGGAAAGGCACACACCUGUCUAUUUAAGGUCCCACAGUUGACAGUGCAUGUCAGAGCAAAAACCAAGCCAUGAGGUCAAAGGAAUUGUUCGUAGAGCUCCGAGAUAAGAUUGUGUCGAGGCACAGAUUUGAGGAAAAGUACCAAAAAAUGUCUGCAGCAUUGACGUUCUCUAAGAACACAGUGGCCUCCAUCAUUCUUAAAUGGAAGAAGUUUGGAACCACCAAGACUCUUACUAGAGCUGGCCACCCGGCCAAAAUGAGAAAUCGCGAGAGAGGGGCCUUGGUCAGGGAGGUGACCAAGAACCCGAUGGUCACUCUGAAAGACCUCCAGAGUUCUUCAGUAAAAUGCACAUGACAGCCCGCUUGGAGUUUGCCAAAAGGCACAUGAAGACUCUCAGACCAUGAGAAACAAGAUUCUCUGGUCUGAUGAAACCAAGAUUGAACUCUUUGGCCUGAAUGCCAAGCGUCACGUCUGGAGGAAACCUGGCACCAUCCCUACGGUGAAACAUGGUGGUGGCAGCAUCAUGCUGUGGGGAUGUUUUUUCAGCAGCAGGGAUGAAGGAAAGAUGAACAGAGCAAAGUACAGAGAGAUCCUUGAUGAAAACCUGCUCCAGAGCGCUCUGGACCGAAGUUUCACCUUCCAACAUGACAGCGACCCUAAGCACACAGCGGGACAAGUCUCUGAAUGUCCUUGAGUGGCCCAGCCAGAGCCCGGACUUGAACCCGAUCAAACAUCUCUGGAGAGACCUGAAAAUAGCUGUGCAGCGACGCUCCCCAUCCAACCUGACAGAGCUUGAGAGGAUCUGCAGAGAAGAAUAGAGAAACUCCCCAAAUACAGGUGUGCCAAGCUUGUAGCAUCAUAACCAAGAAGACUCAAGGCUGUAAUCGCUGCCAAAUGUGCUUUAACAAAGUAUUGAGUAAAGGGUCAGAAAACUAAUGUAAAUGUGAUAUUUCAGUUUAUUAUUUUUUAAUACAUUUGCAAACAAUACUGAAACCCAUUUUUUGCUUUGUCAUUAUGGGGUAUUGUGUCUAGACUGAUGAGGGAAAAAAAAGAUGUAAUACAUUUUAGAAUAAGGCUGUAACGUAACAAAAUUAGGAAAAAGUCAAGGGGUCUGAAUACUUUCUGAAUGCACUGCAUACUGUAUGUAUAUAUAUACAGUACCAGUCAAAAGUUUGGACACACCUACUCAUUCAAGGGUUUUUAAUUAUUUCCACUAUUUUCUACAUUGUAGAAUAAUAGUGAAGACAUCAAAACUAUGAAAUAACACAUAUGGAAUCAUGUAGUAACCCAAAAAGUGUUAAACAAAUCAAAAUAUUUUUUCUAUUUUCUAUUCUUCAAAUAGACACCCUUUGCCUUGAUGACUGCUUUGCACACUCUUGGCAUUCUCUCAACCAGCUUCACCUGGGAUGUUUUUCCAACAUUCUUGAAGGAGUUCCCACAUAUGCUUAGCACUUGUUGGCUGCUUUUCCUUCACUCUGCCAUCCGACUCAUCCCAAACCAUCUCAAUUGGGUUGAGGUCGGGGGAUUAUGGAGGCCAGGUCAUCUGAUGCAGCAAUCCAUCACUCUCCUUCUUGGUAAAAUAGCCCUUACACAGCCUGGAGGUGUGUUGGGUCAUUGUCCUGUUGAAAAACAAAUGAUAAUCCCACUAAACCCAAUCCAGAUGGGAUGGCGUAUCGCUGCAGAAUGCUGUAGUAGCCAUGCUGGUUAAGUGUGCCUUGAAUUCUAAAUAAAUCACAGACAGUGUCACCAGCAAAGCACCCCCACACCAUAACACCUCCUCCUCCAUGCUUUACGGUGGGAAAUACACAUGCGGAGAUCAUCCGUUCACCCACACCGCGUCUCACAAAGCCACGAUGGUUGGAACCAAAAAUCUCACAUUUGGACUCCAGACCAAAGGACACAUUUCCGCCAGUCUAAUGUCCAUUGCUCGUGUUUCUUGGCCCAAGCAGGUCUCUUCUUCUGAAGCUAGUUGAGAGUGUGCAAAGCUGUCAUCAAGGCAAAGGGUGGCUAUUUGAAGAAUCUCAAAUAUAAAAUAUAUUUUGAUUUGUUUAAAACUUUUUUGGCUACUACAUGAUUCCAUAUGUGUUAUUUCAUAGUUUUGAUGACUUCACUAUUAUUCUACAAUGUAAAAUAGUGAAAAUAAAGAAAAACCCUUGAAUGAGUAGGUGUGUCCAAACUUUUGACUGAUAGUGUGUGUGUAUAUACAGUUGAAAUCGGAAGUUUACAUACACCUUAGCCAAAUACAUUUAAACUCAGUUUAUCACAAUUCCUGACAUUUAAUCCUAGUAAAAAUUCCCUGUCUUAGGUCAGUUAGGAUCACCACUUUAUUUUAAGAAUGUGAAAUGUCAGAAUAAAAGUAGAGAGAAUGAUUUAUUUCAGCUUUUAUUUAUUUCAUCACAUUCCCAAUGGGUCAGAAGUUUACAUACACUCAAUUAGUAUUUGGUAGCAUUGCCUUUAAAUUGUUUAACUUGGGGCAAAUGUUUCGGGUAGCCUUCCACAAGCUUCCCACAAUAAGUUGGGUGAAUUUUGGCCCAUUCCUCCUGACAGAGCUGGUGUAACUGAGUCAGGUUUGUAGGCCUCCUUGCUUGCACACGCUUUUUCAGUUCUGCCCACAAAUGUUCUAUAGGAUUGAGGUCAGGGCUUUGUGAUGGCCACUCCAAUACCUAGACUUUGUUGUUCUUAAGCCAUUUUGCCACAACUUUGGAAGUAUACUUGGGGUCAUUGUCCAUUUGGGAGACCCAUUUGCGACCAAGCUUUAACUUCCUGCCUGAUGUCUUGAGAUGUUUUUUCAAUAUAUCUACAUACUUUUCCUUCCUCAUGAUGCCAUCUACAGUGGGGAAAAAAAGUAUUUAGUCAGCCUCCAAUUGUGCAAGUUCUCCCACUUAAAAAGAUGAGAGAGGCCUGUAAUUUUCAUCAUAGGUACACGUCAACUAUGACAGACAAAUUGAGAAAUAAAAUUCCAGAAAAUCACAUUGUAGGAUUUUUAAUGAAUUUAUUUGCAAAUUAUGGUGGAAAAUAAGUAUUUGGUCACCUACAAACAAGCAAGAUUUCUGGCUCUCACAGACCUGUAACUUCUUCUUUAAGAGGCUCCUCUGUCCUCCACUCGUUACCUGUAUUAAUGGCACCUGUUUGAACUUGUUAUCAGUAUAAAAGACACCUGUCCACAACCUCAAACAGUCACACUCCAAACUCCACUAUGGCCAAAACCAAAGAGCUGUCAAAGGACACCAGAACCAAAAUUGUAGACCUGCACCAGGCUGGGAAGACUGAAUCUGCAAUAGGUAAGCAGCUUGGUUUGAAGAAAUCAACUGUGGGAGCAAUUAUUAGGAAAUGGAAGACAUACAAGACCACUGAUAAUCUCCCUCGAUCUGGGGCUCCACGCAAGAUCUCACCCCGUGGGUUCAAAAUGAUCACAAGAACAGUGAGCAAAAAUCCCAGAACCACAAGGGGGGACCUAGUGAAUGACCUGCAGAGAGCUGGGACCAAAGUAACAAAGCCUACCAUCAGUAACACACUACGCUGCCAGGGACUCAAAUCCCUGCUUAAGCCAGUACAUGUCCAGGCCCGUCUGAAGUUUGCUAGAGUGCAUGUGGAUGAUCCAGAAGAGGAUUGGGAGAAUGUCAUAUGGUCAGAUGAAACCAAAAUAGAACUUUUUGGUAAAAACUCAACUCGUCGUGUUUGGAGGACAAAGAAUGCUGAGUUGCAUCCAAAGAACACCAUACCUACUGUGAAGCAUGGGGGUGGAAACAUCAUGCUUUGGGGCUGUUUUUCUGCAAAGGGACCAGGACGACUGAUCCGUGUAAAGGAAAUAAUGAAUGGGGCCAUGUAUCGUGAGAUUUUUAGUGGGGGCAUUGAAGAUGAAACGUGGCUGGGUCUUUCAGCAUGACAAUGAUCCCAAACACACCGCCCGGGCAACGAAGGAGUGGCUUCGUAAGAAGCAUUUCAAGGUCCUGGAGUGGCCUAGCCAGUCUCCAAAUCUCAACCCCAUAGAACAUCUUUGGAGGGAGUUGAAAGUCCGUGUUGCCCAGCGACAGCCCCAAAACAUCACUGAUCUAGAGGAGAUCUGCAUGGAGGAAUGGGCCAAAAUACCAGCAACAGUGUGUGAAAACCUUGUGAAGACUUACAGAAAACGUUUGACCUGUGUCAUUGCCAACAAAGGGUAUAUAACAAAGUAUUGAAAAACUUUAGUUAUUGACCAAAUACUUAUUUUCCACCAUAAUUUGCAAAUAAAUUCAUAAAAAAUCCUACAAUGUGAUUUUCUUGAUUUUUUUUUCUCAUUUUGUCUGUCAUAGUUGACGUGUACCUAUGAUGAAAAAACAUUUAAGUGGGAGAACUUGCACAAUUGGUGGCUGACUAAAUACUUUUUUUCCCCACUGUAUUUUGUGAAGUGCACCAGUCCCUCCUGCAGCAAAGCACCCUCACAGCAUGAUGCUGCCACCCCCGUGCUUCACGGUUGGGAUGGUGUUCUUCGCCUUGCAAGCCUUGCCCUGUUUCUUCCAAACAUAACGAUGGUCAUUAUGGCCAAACAGUUCUAUUUUUGUUUCAUCAGACCAGAGGACAUUUCUCCAAAAAGUCCCAAUGUGCAGUUGCAAACCGUAGUCUGGCUUUUUAUAGCGGUUUUGGAGCAGUGGCUUCUUCCUUGCUGAGCGGCCUUUCAUGUUAUGUCGAUAUAGGACUCGUUUUACUGUGGAUAUAGAUACUUUUGUACCUGUUUCCUCCAGCAUCUUCACAAGGUCCUUUGCUUUUGUUCUGGGAUUGAUUUGCACUUUUCGCACCAAAGAACGUUCAUCUCUAGGAGACAGAAUGCGUCUCCUUCCUGAGCGGUAUGACGGCUGCGUGGUCCCAUGGUGUUUAUACUUGCGUAUUAUUGUUUGUACCGAUGAACGUGGUACCUUCAGGUGUUUGGAAAUUGCUCCCAAGGAUGAACCAGACUUGUGGAGGUCUACAAUUUCUUUUCUGAGGUCUUGGCUGAUUUCUUUUGAUUUUCCCUUGAUGUAAAGCAAAGAGGCACUGAGUUUGAAGGUAGGCCUUGAAAUACAUCCACAGGUACACCUCCAACUGACUCAAAUGAUGUCAAUUAGCCUAUCAGAAGCUUCUAAAGCCAUGACAUAAUUUUCUGGAAUUUUCCAAGCUGUUUAAAGGCACAGUCAACUUAGUGUAUGUAAACUUCUGACCCACUGGAAUUGUGAUACAGUGAAUUGUAAGUGAAAUAAUCUGUCUGUAAACAAUUGUUGGAAAAAUUACUUGUGUCAUAAACAAAGUAGAUGUCCUAACCAACUUGCCAAAACUAUAGUUUGUUAAGAAGAAAUUUGUGGAGUGGUUGAAAAACGAGUUUGAAUGACUCCAACCUAAGUGUAUGUAAACUUCCCACUUCAACUGUAUAUAUAUAUAACAACACCUCCCCAUAAGCAUUCCUGUCUCUUCUAUAGAUGUUAUAUUGUUGUAUUCUCUUUCGUAUCGUCUGAGAUCCCCAGAGAUUGGAAAUCUGCCGCGGUCAUCCCCCUCUUCAAAGGGGGUGACACUCUAGAUCCAAACUGUUACAGACCUAUAUCCAUCCUGCCCUGCCUUUCGAAAGUAUUUGAAAGCCAAGUUAACAAACAGAUCACCGACCAUUUCGAAUCCCACCGUACCUUCUCCGCUAUGCAAUCUGGUCAAUAGAAUAGAAGGGAGGCCAGUAUGAAAAUGUAUGCACUCACUAAGGGGUGGGUAGAGAGAGAGAGAGAGAGAGAGAGAUUAUUUGAAUUUAAUUGAGAGAGGAACCAUGUGCAUGUUGGUCAGAUGGGGAGGGGGACAUGAGACCGGGUUGGACACAGAGAGCCUUUCUAAAACAUCAUCAUGUUAUUCUACAUCUGUAGCUAAUGUCUAGGGACUUUCUACCAUUAACAUUAAAUAACAUCAGAUAGGGUGUGUGAGAGAUGUGAGGCUGGCUGCUCUGAGGCAGUAAUGGUAUUGGUAGAGUACAAUGACAGGUAGAGAGUUGAGGCUCUCAGUUAGCUGACAGUGAUGGAUGUCUGUAGGCUCAGCUACCCAACUGUGAUGCUGUGAUACUGGGUUACCGGUAUCAAAAAUGUAUACACUCACUACUGUAAAUCGCUCUGGAUUAGAGUGUCUGCUAAAUGACUAAACAUUUUUAAAAAAUGACAUGUAAACUUAGAUUGGACCAUUUGCUGAAUCAUUCUGAAUAAUGCAGGGUUUUUAAAUAAUGAAAUGUUUGUCUUUAGGAUGGAUGACAUUCAGCUGUGUAAGGAAAUCACUCGACUCAAGAAGGAGCUCCAGAAGCUGGUGUCGUUACCAGGUAUAAUCCAUGUUUACGUUGUGUGCCCAACUAUUAUUUAUAUAUUAUUAUUAUUUUUAUUUUUGUAUAUUGUUUUCUUCGCUUUAGUUAGGUUAAUGAGUAUGAGAAUAGUGUUUUGGAUGGAGAGGUCCACUACUGAGAGGUCUUGAACUGCAGACUAAGGUACAAUGGAUUGUAGAGGGUUACAUUCCAGACAUACUGUAAAACUUGCCAUCAAUGGCAAUAAACAUUGCCUCUGAUUGGACAGACAAUCUCUUCCUGACCUCUGUCCAACACCACACCCUCUACAGAUUCAGAGUACACACAGAACCAGGAAGUGGCGUUAUGUCAUAAGCAUAAACACUUCUCGAGAAAUGAUACCUAUCUUUCAUACUCUGCUGCUGGGGCCAUGUGGGGCCUUUCUCACGCAGGGUAAAUUAAUUUGUGCUUAAUGAAACAGACAUUGUCUUUGUAUCCUGUGAUAUGUGUAAAUUGUUGUGGAUUUUCUGAUUUCAGAUUUUUCAUGGGUUGUAAGUGCUGUAAAAUAAUUGGUAACAUUUUACUGUAGGUGUCCUUAUCCAUGCAUUCAUAAAGCCUUAUAACAGCUGUAUUAAGGCCAGAGGGGGUGUGGUAUACAGUGGCUUGCGAAAGUAUUCACCCCCCUUGGCAUUUUUACUAUUUUGUUGCCUUACAACCUGGAAUUAAAAUUGAUUUUUGGGGGUUUGUAUCAUUUGAUUUACACAACAUGCCUACCACUUUGAAGAUGCAAAAUAUUUUUUCUUGUGAAACAAACAAGAAAUAAGACAAAAAAAACAGAACUUGAGCGAGCAUAGCUAUUCACCCCCCCAAAGUCAAUACUUUGUAGAGUCCUAUGGACAGAUACUCCAAUCUCUGCUGUGGAGCUUUGCAGCUCCUUCAGGUUUAUCUUUAGUCUCUUUGUUGCCUCUCUGAUUAGUGCCCUCCUUGCCUGGGCCGUGAGAUUUGGUGGGCGGCCCUCUCUUGGCAGGUUUGUUGUGGUGCCAUAUUCUUUCCAUUUCCAUUAUAAUGGAUUUAAUGGUGCUCCGUGGGAUGUUCAAAGUUUCUGAUUUUUUUAAAUAACCCAACCCUGAUCUGUACUUCUCCACAACUUUGUCCCUGACCUGUUUGGAGAGCUCCUUGGUCUUCAUGGUGCCGCUUGCUUGGUGGUGCCCCUUGCUUAAUGGUGUUGCAGACUCUCGGGCCUUUCAGAACAGGUGUACACUACCGUUCAAAAGUUUGGGGUCACUUAGAAAUAUCCUUGUUUUCGAAAGAAAAGCAAUUUUCUUGUCCAUUAAAAUCACAUCAAAUUGAUCAGAAAUACAGUGUAGACAUUGUAAAUGUUGUAAAUGGCUAUUGUAGCUGGAAACUGCUUAUUUUCUAUGGAAUAUCUACAUAGGCGUACAGAGGCCCAUUAUCAGCAUUAAUUGGUUUUAAAAAUGACUGAUCAUCCUGUUGUCAUAUAUUGAGUUUGUUCUACCACCGAUUUAAGCCCUGUUGACAGUGGAUAUAUUUCAGUAGAGUAUUCCAUUUUAAUAGGGAACAAUUGUUUAAAGGGUGGUUUGAUCUCUUCUGUUAUGAUAAUGUAUACAGUAUCACUUCACAGGACUGCUCUUCUGAAGCAUAAUAUGUAUAAUUGUGUACAAAUUAUACAGCUAUUACAUUUUGUGCAUGGUGAAGGGACUACUGACCUCACUUAAUAAUUAUUUGGUAACACUUUACUGUAGGUGUCCUUACACAUGCAUUCACAAAGCCUUUAUAACAUUUGUCAUAAGCUGUCAAAAGUAAUUGUAAUUAGUUAUGAGUCACGGCAUGAGAUGUUAUAAAACUGGUUAUAAUUGGUUUUAAAAAUGACUUUGCAUCCUGUUGUCAUAUGCUCUGUCAACGGUUAAAAACAACUAUUAUUAUACAGUCUGCAUGACAACUUAUGUCAUAUGUUAUUACAUGCUACAUAAGAGUAUACAUACCAGAUGUUAUAACAGGGUGUAAUGUAAUUUACUAAUCUCUGUGUCACAUUAUUACAUUGAAUAGAAUGAUGGUUGUCAUAACCAUAUGCCUGAAUAGAGUGUGCACAGACACCUUAGUAAAAGUUAUGAAUGUGCUAAUACCACAUAAUGAGUUGAGAGUAUCACAAAACGUUACCAUUCAAAGGAUCUCCAAGAAACAUGGGCAAAUGGGAGCACAGAUGUACUUAGGAUUGACACAUAAUGUAAAUAACUUGCCAAGAAAACACAAACAUGUUGAAACGAAAUGGAAGCAAAUAGAAUUUUACAGCAAAAUGAAUGUUGCUGGGUUACAUUUCUACAUUUAUGUAAUUUAGCAGGCGCUCUUACAGUAGGGAGUGCAUUCAUUUCAUACAUUUUGUUCUCCAUACUGGGCCCAGAUUCACAAAACUUUCAUAAGAAGAAAUGUCUUUUUAACUGCCAUUUCUUCCUUAUCUAUAGACUUAUAAAGAGAGUUAAGCAAAGUUGCUAUUCCUGAAAAAGGUUAUUGGAAAUGUUAUUGCAUUAUUUGUUUCUCUUUAAGCAAAAGGUUAAGAAGAAAUGUGAUUAUUGAAAAUAAAGUUAUUGGAUUUGUUCUUGGAAAUGUUCUUAAUACCAAGGUAGCUAAACCCUUGUCUUAAACUCAGGGCAGUGAGAGAAUACGCUCAUGAAAGCAAUUGAACAUGUUUAAUUCACUCACAAACUUAAUCUGAAAGUUUCAGAAUUGAUUAUUUUAAAACCAAGAAUAUGUUUUAGAACAGUAAUCUCAGAUGAAAUAUGCUAACAUGAUUACCAUUGUUAGCUAGAUAGCUAGCUAAAUCGGUUGACUAGCAACAAACAUCUUAACAAGAUAGUUAUGAAAUUAGUAAGAAGAAAUUGGAGAAGUUCUUAAGAAAAUCAUUCAAUCUUAAGAUAUUGUUGAAGAAUUGCACUUACAAACUAUUGGAUGAGCUUCUUAUUUUUUUUCUUAAGAGGCUUCUUAAGUUUUGGAGUAAGAAGUGUUUUGUGAAUCUGGGCCCUGGUCCCCCAUGGGAAUCGAACCCACAACCCUGCCAUUGCAAGCACCAUGCUCUACCAACUGAGCCACACAGGCACAACAGGAUUUGGGACAGAUGUAAAAAAAAAGGAAGAUGUGCAGGCUACAGUAACACAGACAUCAGCUAUAUACAGUACAUUCAGAAAGUAUUCAGACCCCUUCCCCUUUUCCACAUUUUGUUACGUUACAGCCUUAUUCUAAAAUGGAUUAAACUAAAUUUUUCCCUCAUCAAUCUACACACAAUACCCCAUAAUGACAAAGCGAAAACAGGUUUUUAGAAAUACCUUAUUUACAUAAGUAUUCAGACCCUUUGCUAUGAGACUCAAAAUUGAGCUCAGGUACAUCCUGUUUCCAUUGAUCAACCUUGAGAUGUUUCUACAACUUGAUUGGAGUCCACCUGUGGUAAAUUCAAUUGAUUGGACAUGAUUUGAUAAGGCAAACAUCUGUCUAUAUAAGGUCCCACAGUUGACAGUGCAUGUCAGAGCAAAAAUCAAGCCAUGAGGUCGAAGGAAUUGUCCGUAGAGCUCCAAGACAGGAUUGUGUUGAGGCACAGAUCUGGGGAAGGGUACCAAAACAUUUCUGCAGCAUUGAAGGUCCCCAAGAAUACAGUGGCCUCCAUCAUUCUUAAAUGGAAGAAGUUUGGAACCGCCCAAGACUCUUCCUAGAGCUGGCCGCACGGCCAAACUGAGCAAUCGGGGGAGAAGGACCUUGGUCAGGGAGGUGACCAAGAACCCGAUGGUCACUCUGACAGAGCUGCUGAGUUCCUCUGUGGAGAUGGGAGAACCUUCCAGGGUGACAAACAUCUCUGCAGCACUUCACCAAUCAGGCUUUUAUGGUAGAGUGGCCAGAUGGAAGCAACUCCUCAGUAAAAGGAACAUGACAGCUGGCUUGGAGUUUGCCAAAAGGCACCUAAAGGACUCUCAGACCAUGAGAAACAAGAUUCUCUGGUCUUAUGAAACCAAGAUUGAACUCUUUGGCCUGAAUGCCAACUGUCACGUCUGGAGGAAACCUGGCACCAUCCCUACGGUGAAGCAUGGUGGUGGCAGCAUCAUGCUGUGGGGAUGUUUUUCAGCGGCAGGGACUGGAAGACUAGUCAGGAUUGAGGGAAAGAUGAACGGAGCAAAGUACAGAGAGAUCCUUGCUGAAAACCUGCUCCAGAGCUCUCAGGCCCUCAGACUGGGGUGAAGGUUUACCUUCCAACAGGACAACAAUCCUAAGCACACAGCCAAGACAAUGCAGGAGUGGCUUCGGGACAAGUCUCUGAAUGUCCUUGAGUGGCCCAGCCAGAGCCCAGACUUGAACCUAACCGAACAUCUCUAGAGAGACCUGAAAAUUACUGUGCAGAGACGUUCCCCAUCCAACCUGACAGAGCUUGAGAGGAUCUGCAGAGAAGAAUGGGAGAGUCUCCCCAAAUACAGGUGUGCCAAGCUUGUAGUGUCAUACACAAGAAGACUUGAGACUGUAAUUGCUGCCAAAGGUGCUUCAACAAAGUACUGAGUAAAGGAUCUGAAUACUAAUGUAAAUGUGAUAUUUCCUGGGUAAAAAAAAAAAAGCCAGUCUCCAGACCUUAAUCCCAUAGAAAAUCUGUGGAGGGAGCUGAAGGUUCGAGUUGCCAAACGUCAGCCUCGAAACCUUAAUGACUUGGAGAAGAUCUGCAAAGAGGAGUGGAACAAAAUCCCUCCUGAGAUGUGUGCAAACCUGGUGGCCAACUACAAGAAAUGUCUGACCUCUGUGAUUGUCAACAAGGGUUUUGCCACCAAGUACUAAGUCAUGUUUUGCAGAGGGGUCAAAUACUUAUUUCCCUCAUUAAAAUGCAAAUCAAUUUAUAACAUUUUUGACAUUCGUUUUUCUGGAUUUUUUUGUUGUUAUUCUGUCUCUCACUGUUCAAAUAAACCUACCAUUAAAAUUAUAGACUGAUCAUUUCUUUGUCAGUGGGCAAACGUACAAAAUCAGCAGGGGAUCAAAUACCUUUUUCCCACACUUUAUAUAUACAGUUGAAGUCGGAAGUUUACAUACACCUUAGCCAAAUACAUUUAAACUCAGUUUUCACAAUUCCUGACAUUUAAUCCUAGUAAAAAUUCCCUGUCUUAGGUCAGUUAGGAUCACCACUUUAUUUUAAGAAUGUGACAUGUCAGAAUAAUAGUAGAGAGAAUGAUUUAUUUCAGCUUUUAUUUAUUUCAUCACAUUCCCAGUGGGUCAGAUGUUUACAUACACUCAAUUAGUAUUUGGUAGCAUUGCCUUUAAAUUGUUGAACUUGGGUCAAACGUUUCGGGUAGCCUUCCACAAGCUUCCCACAAUAAGUUGGGUGAAUUUUGGCCCAUUCCUCCUGACAGAGCUGGUGUAACUGAGUCAGGUUUGUAGGCCUCCUUGCUCGCACAUGUUUUUUCAGUUCUGCCCACACAUUUUCUAUAGGAUUGAGGUCAGGGCUUUGUGAUGGCCACUCCAAUACCUUGACUUUGUUGUCCUUAAGCCAUUUUGCCACAACUUUGGAAGUAUGCUUGGGGUCAUGGUUUAUUUGGAAGACCCAUUUGCGACCAAGCUUUAACUUCCUGACUUAUGUCUUGAGAUGUUACAUCAAUAUAUCCACAUAAUUAUCCUUCCUCAUGAUGCCAUCUAUUUUGUGAAGUGCACCAGUCCCUCCUGCAGCAAAGCACCCCUAAAGCAUGAUGCUGCCACACCCGUGCUUCACGGUUUGGAUGGUGUUCUUUGGCUUGCAAGCCUACCCUUUUUCCUCCAAACAUAACGAUGGUCAUUAUGGACAAACAGUUCUAUUUUUGUUUCAUCAGACCAGAGGACAUUUCUCCAAAAAGUACGAUCUUUGUCCCCAUGUACAGUUGCAAACCGUAGUCUGGCUUUUUUAUGGCAGUUUUGGAGCAGUAGCUUCUUCCUUGCUGAGCGGCCUUUCAGGUUAUGUCAAUAUAGGACUCGUUUUACUGUGGAUAUAGAUACUUUUGUACCUGUUUCCUCCAGCAUCUUCACAAGUUCCUUUGUUGUUGUUCUGGGAUUGAUUUGCACUUUUCGCACCAAAGUACAUUCAUCUCUAGGAGACAGAAUGCGUCUCCUUCCUGAGCGGUAUGCCGGCUGCAUGGUCCCAUGGUGUUUAUACUUGCGUACUAUUGUUUGUACAGAUGAACGUGGUACCUUCAGGCGUUUGGAAAUUGCUCCCAACAAUGAACCAGACUUGUGGAGGUCUACAAUUUUUUUUCUGAGGUCUUGGCUGAUUUCUUUUGAUUUUCGCAUGAUGUCAAGCAAAGAGGCACUGAGUUUGAAGGUAGGCCUUGAAAUACAUCCACAGGUACACCUCCAAUUGACUCAAAUCAUGUCAAUUAGCCUAUCAGAAGCUUCUAAAGCCAUGACAUCAUUUUCUGGAAUUUUCCAAGCUGUUUAAAGGCACAGUCAACUUAGUGUAUGUAAACUUCCGACCAACUGGAAUUGUGAUACAGUGAAUUAUAAGUGAAAUAAUCUGUCUGUAAACAGUUGUUGGAGAAAUUAAUUGUGUCAUGCACAAAGUAGAUGUCCUAACCGACUUGCCAAAACUAUCAUUUGUUAACAAGACAUUUGUGGAGUGUUUGAAAAACAAGUUUUAAUGACUCCAACCUAAGUUUAUGUUAACUUCCGACUUCAACUCUAUAUAUAUCUGUGUAUAUAUGUAUAUAUCCAUUGUCAACAGUGGUUGGUUAAAUUGGUGGGAGAACAAGCUCCUAUCACCAUAAGAUGGGUUAGGGGUUAACGUUAGGGGUCUAGAGAUCAAAUAAAUGCCCGAUUUUAUUGGUCAAAUCAUCAUGAAAAAGACCCUGAAUGUGGCAGCAGUUUGAAAUCCACCACUGACAAAAUCUCACUUUAACCCCUGAUCGUCAUAACAUAUUUUCUGUUACAGACAAUGACAAGUCCAACGAGGACAGACAGAAAGAGGAAGAACUUCUCCAGCAGAUCCACAAGCUGGUAGAGACCAGAGAUUUCCUUGUUGACGACGUGGAGUUUGAGAGGCUAAGGCAAGUGUGAUCGACUGAGGUUCGAAACCAGGUCUCAUGCCCACCAGAACACUGUUAGCCCUCUGAGCUAAAGUCUAGGCAUUACCUUGGGGUGCCAACGUACAGUAAGUCAUCAGGUCUCAGACCAGGUUACUCAUCACGGCAACGUGGUUCUGAACCACCUCUGUUACACAACUCUGUUCCAUCUGUCUUGACCCCCUCCCUUAUUGGUUUGGUCGCCAAUUACAUCCUGUCAGAAAUACAAGCCUUCGACUCAGUUAAAUACAAACCACAGGGAACAUCUACAUUCUCAGAUGUUCUUACUGUUGGAAUAAAACAUCUGUUUUCUGUGUAUUUUAGUGUAGGGGACAAUGUGCUGCGAAACCCUGCAUCCCACUGUACAUGCACAAGUUUGUUAGGGUAAACGAGUUUGUUAGGGUAAAUACGUUUGUUACGCCCUCCCCCUCCGUUCUGAGAAGGGGGGGGGGGGGGGGGGGCGUAACAAACGUAUUUACCCUAACAAACUCGUUUACCCUAACAAACUUGUGCAUGUACAGUGGGAUGCAGGGUUUCGCAGCACAUUGUCCCCUACACUAAAAUACACAGAAAACAGAUGUGCACCCAUUCUGGGUGUUGAGAAGCAGGAAGUGACGAGGGAAUAAUUGAUUGUUUUUGAGGCAUGUGAAGACACCCAGGGAGAAGACAGGGCCUGAGGAUAUGGAGUCUGAGUCAUCGCUUGCUGGAACAGACAGAAAUGUAACAUUUAAAGUUCCACUCAUCCCACUUUCUCUCCUCCUCUACAGGGAAAGGGAGGAAGACAAAGAAAUGGCUGAUUUCCUCCAGUCCAAGUUCCCCAAAAACUUGAAGAAGAAAGGUGCGUGUAGUCAUAGUGCGUCAUAGUGAGUGUUAUUAUUUUCCAUUCAAAUGCUCAAUCGUAUGUCUCAACGUUUAAGUAUUCGCUUUGAUAAUAGUCAGUGACCUUGAUUUGAUGACGAUUUCUUUGGAUAGUUUGGCGCCUCUUUCUUGUUAAAUUCUUUCUUCCCUACUGAAGCAUUUAUAUUUGAAAUUAUGGAUUUCACCCCCAAAAAUGUAUGCAAUUUUGCACUGGCUCCCCACUGAGCAAAAUGUAUUUUCAUCAGCUUGUAUUCUGCUCAUAUCAUAUCAUCUGAAGGCGUGUGUGUGCAUGCAUGUGUGUGAGUCUGAAUGUGUGUGUCAUUAUGUCAUUAUUUCUGAUCUACUACAGCAUCACCAGUGCUCCACCUGGUAUAUCCCCAUAUCCUCUGACUGACUCCACCUCCUCUUCCCCAGGUCAGGUUCCAGCCAGACGGCUAACAUCCAGGGCCCAGCAGACCUCGUCCCCCUUCACCAAAACCGGCCUGUCCCUGCUGAAGGAGUGCUGUGGCUUCACCUGCUCCAUCAUGUAGGCCGGGCCCUCAGGGGCCCUACCAUGGAGCCAAAAUAAAGCCCUGUUGCAUCACAGUUGCAUCACAGUUUCAGCUUUUCAACCCGAGAAACACUUGAAGCACAGACAGACAACGAGCGAGUGGACAAUGUUCAAGGAUAGGUUGGGGAUGUCGCCAGGAUGAGAUUGAUGGUGUUGUUGUGUGUUUUAUCUCCCAGUCUAUGUUUGUUUCUCUUUCACUCCUUUGGUUCUCUCUCUCGCUCCCUCUCUCUCUCCCGCUUUGUGUCUCGCUCCCCCUCCCCCUACCCCCUCCCUCAAUUUUUCUAUUCCGCUCUGUCUUCUCUCUCCAUCAUUAGGGAUCCAGUCCUGUCUGCACUUCUAGUUGGGUUCUAUACCCAGUGUCCCCUCUCCCCAUCAAGUUCAUCCCCCAUGCAAUGAUCUUCCAUCGUCUGUAUCUGUGGUGAGUGAUUUGAAGGAGUCAGGCGCAGGAGGGUAAAUCAUAGAAUAAAAGGGUUUAUUCUGAAAACACAGCGGUACGCAGCAAUGCGUCAAACACUCCAAUGCGUAAAUCAGGUGCACUGGGAAACAGAACACUGGAGCUGUCGUCCUGUAUUCUCCCAGAUCGCUGCACCACCCAGCUCCAUCGGAACUGAAUCCGGGUUGCGGGGGGGUGAAACGGGCAGGCCACUUCCAGGAUGUCCUCUUGCAGCUAGCAGGUUGUCCAACCGGAUGGCCAUGUCCACCAGCUGGUCGAAAGUCAACAUGGUAUCCCGGCAGGCUAGCUCCCUUCGGACGUCCUCUCGCAGGCUGCACCGGAAGCUGUCUACAGUGAGGGAAAAAUGUAUUUGAUCCCCUGCUGAUUUUGUACGUUUGCCCACUGACAAAGACAUGAUCAGUCUAUAAUUUUAAUGGUAGGUUUAUUUGAACAGUGAGAGACAGAAUAACAACAAAAACAUCCAGAAGAACGCAUGUCAAAAAUGUUAUAAAUUGAUUUGCAUUUUAAUGAGGGAAAUAAGUAUUUUACCCAUCUGCAAAACAUGACUUAGUACUUGGUGGCAAAACCCUUGUUGGCAAUCACAGAGGUCAGACGUUUCUUGUAGUUGGCCACCAGGUUUGCACACAUCUCAGGAGGGAUUUUGUCCCACUUCUCUUUGCAGAUCUUCUCCAAGUCAUUAAGGUUUCGAGGCUGACGUUUGGCAACUCAAACCUUCAGCUCCCUCCACAGAUUUUCUAUGGGAUUAAGGUCUGGAGACUGGCUAGGCCACUCCAGGACCUUAAUGUGCUUCUUCUUGAGCCACUCCUUUGUUGCCUUGGCCGUGUGUUUUAGGUCAUUGUCAUGCUGGAAUACCCAUCCACGACCCAUUUUCAAUGCCCUGGCUGAGGGAAGGAGGUUCUCACCCAAGAUUUGACGGUACAUGGCCCCGUCCAUCGUCCCUUUGAUGCGGUGAAGUUGUCCUGUCCCCUUAGCAGAAAAACACCCCCAAAGCAUAAUGUUUCCACCUCCAUGUUUGAUGGUGGGGAUGGUGUUAUUGGGGUCAUAGGCAGCAUUCCUCCUCCUCCAAACACGGCGAGUUGAGUUGAUGCCAAAGAGCUCCAUUUUGGUCUCAUCUGAACACAACACUUUCACCCAGUUCUCCUCUGAAUCAUUCAGAUGUUCAUUGGUGAACUUCAGACGGGCCUGUAUAUGUGCUUUCUUGAGCAGGGGGACCUUGCGGGCGCUGCAGGAUUUCAGUUCUUCACGGCGUAGUGUGUUACCAAUUGUUUUCUUGGUGACUAUGGUCCCAGCUGCCUUGAGAUCAUUGACAAGAUCCUCCCGUGUAGUUCUGGGCUGAUUCCUCACCGUUCUCAUGAUCAUUACAACUCCACGAGAUGAGAUCUUGCAUGGAGCCCCAGGCCGAGGCAGAUUGACAGUUCUUUUGUGUUUCUUCCAUUUGCGAAUAAUCGCACCAACUGUUGUCACCUUCUCACCAAGCUGCUUGGCGAUGGUCUUGUAGCCCAUUCCAGCCUUGUGUAGGUCUACAAUCUUGUCCCUGACAUCCUUGGAGAGCUCUUUGGUCUUGGUCAUGGUGGAGAGUUUGGAAUCUGAUUGAUUGAUUGCUUCUGUGGACAGGUGUCUGUUAUACAGGUAACAAACUGAGAUUAGGAGCACUCCCUUCAAGAGUGUGCUCCUAAUCUCAGCUUGUUACCUGUAUAAAAGACACCUGGGAGCCAGAAAUAUUUCUGAUUGAGAGGGGGUCAAAUACUUAUUUCCCUCAUUAAAAUUCAAAUCAAUUUAUAACAUUUUUGACAUGCGUUUUUCUGGAUUUUUUGGUUGUUAUUCUGUCUCUCACUGUUCAAAUAAACCUACCAUUAAAAUUAUAGACUGAUAAUUUCUUUGUCAGUGGGCAAACGCACAAAAUCAGCAGGGGAUCAAAUACUUUUUUCCCUCACUGUAUGAGGGCCCGCUCGUUCCACCCGGUCCCAGCCGCUAGAGUACGAAACUCCAGGGCAAAGGCCUGCGCGGUCCUCGUCCCCUGCCUCAGUUGGACCAGCCGCUCGCCCGCCUCUCUUCCUUCGGGCGGGUUAUCGAAGACUGCCCGGAAGAGGUGAGCGAACUCCCCGUAGUUGUCCAACACGGCUCCUCCUUCACUCCAGACCGCGUUGGCCCACUCCAGGGCUUUCCCCGAGAGGCUCCGAUGGAGCCGGGCUGAUGGUAAAGAAGUAGAGGUCCAGCUGCAGGAGGAAUCCCUGGCAGCGGGCAGCUGUCCUGUCAUAAUCCCUCGGUCGGGAUAGAUUAAUCUGUCUGGGUGCUGGGGUGUGGGUGGCUGGAUCCGGUCGCUCAGCUGGUCUCGACGGGUCGGGUCCUCUUCUCUCCAGGCGUUGGACGACCUGGAGAACCCGAUCCAUCGCUUCUCCCAUGCUGGCUAACAUCGUAGAAUGCUCCCGGACCUGUGCCACGACUCCAGGCAUGUGCUCUUCUCCUGCUGACUCCAUGUCUUGGUGUGUGAUUCUGUGGUGAGUGAUUUGAAGGAGUCAGGCGCAGGAGGGUAAAUUACAGAAUAAAAGGGUUUAUUCCGAAAACACAGUGGUACGCAGCAAUGUGUCAAUCACGCCAGUGUGUAAAUCAGGCGCACUGGGAAACAACUAGGCACACAGGGAAAUAUCCCGGCGAUACAAAAUACCAGGAGCUCCACCGAGCUAAACUAACCUCCACAAUAAACAAUCACACACAAAGACAAGGGGGCAGAGGGAACACUUAUACAGGUACUGAUGAGGGGAUAUGAACCAGAUGUGUGUAAUAAAUAAGACAAAACAAAUGGAAUGAUGAGAUGAGGAGCGGCAGUGGCUGGAAGGCCGGUGAUGACGAACGCCGAAGCCUGCCCGAACAAGGAGAGGAGGCAACUUCGGAGGAAGUCGUGACAGUAUCAGACUAUUCUCAUUCAUCAUAGUCAGAGUCCCUCCCCCUGCCUCUCCCCGCCUCUCAAUGGUGUCACUAAUGCUCUCAGAGCAGUUCAUUCUGGUCUAUCUCACUGGCUUUGGUACCUCUGUACCUAGAACCUGUCCCUUCAUUGAGAUUGGAUGUAAACGUAAUUUGCAUGAGUCAGAUAUUGCUAUCAAAUGACAUACAAAGCGAUGCUUGUCUACCAGUGACAGAUGUUAAAUAUUGCUGCCCCAGUGUAGAUUAUUAUUUAUGAUGCAUGAGACUAAACCCAACAGUGAAGAUGUACUGUACAGUAUUUGCCAAUUGGAACAUCAUACAUACAUCUCUUUAAGCCCUGUUCAGCCUCCCUAACUCUUUUACAUUUCAAAUUACUGUAGAUGCCUUUGAACAGACUUCCCACUGGCUCAAUAAUUCAUAGUCAGCGCUAAUUGAUGGCAGCCUAAUUAUGCUGCCAGGUCAAUGUUAGCCAGACAUGCAACUGCUGGUCUAAUUAAUGUUUCGUGAUAAGAUUAUGGUUUUAUGAUAACAUGACACUAACGUCAGACUUUAAGCAACUCACUAAAAAUAAGUCAUUAGUCACUGAUUUGCCAACCCUGUCCAAUUAAGAGGCCUUUAGGAGUGACUCAACAUACCAACCAACAGAGCUCAACAGAUGAGUCAUCACUCACUUCCUUUCUUGUUGUUGUUGUUGUUGUUAUCGAUGUUGAUGUUGUUCAAUUCAUACGCUCAAAGUAUAUAUGUUAUGGAAUCUACAAAAUGACUCACCCUUCCACAUUGCUGACUUUACACACUAAAGGUUAGUGUACAGUAUACCAAUCAGCAGAAAAGGUUUCCACCUUAACAACUUUUAAGUGGAACUGCAGCUCACUGCAGCUAACAUUGUUACACUAUAACAUGUUAUUACUGACAACAUGUUAUUACUGACAUCAUGUUAUCACUGACAGCAUGUUAUUACUGACAGCAUGUUAUUACUGACAACAUGUUAUUACUGACAGCAUGUUAUUACUGACAACAUGUUAUUACUGACAGCAUGUUAUUACUGACAGCAUGUUAUAACUGACAGCAUGUUAUUACUGACAACAUGUUAUUACUGACAGCAUGUUAUAACUGACAUUAUGUUAUCAUGUUACCCACAAAAAUGUAUGCACUCAUGACUGUAAGUCGCUUUGGAUAAAAGCGUCUGCUAAAUGGCAUAUUAAUUAAUAAUAUUAAUUAAUUAAUAAUAAUAAUUAUCACUGACAUUAUGUUAUCACUGACAUUAUGUUAUCACUGACAUCAUGUUAUCACUGACAGCAUGUUAUUACUGACAGCAUGUUAUUACAGACAGCAUGUUAUUACUGACAGCAUGUUAUUACUGACAGCAUGUUAUUACUGACAGCAUGUUAUUACUGACAACAUGUUAUUGCUGACACCAUGUUAUUACUGACAUCAUGUUAUUACUGACAGCAUGUUAUUACUGACAACAUGUUAAACUGUAUAGGCCUACUGUAAGCUGGCCAAAUCCAGUGUCAGUAAUUGUCAGUAAUUACUAGGCAGUCCGUGUCAACACAGAACCACAGUUCCGUGUCAAGCCUCUCCAUGGCUACUCAGUGGAAAUGGAGAUGUUAACUUUUCAGCCAGAGACUCCUCUUGUGUCUUGCCUGUAUAACACAGUGGGUACUUAAUAGGGCACUUAGUAGGGCACUCCAGUGUGUGAUGGUGAUGACAAGGGUCCAGGACGAGUUAGCCAAGCACCCAGAAUUGGAGUCGUGAGUGUACACUCCACACACAGGGAUCAAGGACUCUUCAUCGCGGCGAGCCGUCACCAUAGCAACCACGGCAUAGGCAGUCCGAUGGGAUACAAUGAUAAAAAGCGCUGCAUUCCACACACGCUGUUUUCUUUCUUCUCUGAAAUCAAGGUUCCUCUGAAGUCUCCUCUGAAAUCAAGGGUCUUAACCUUUUCUUCCCCAGGCAGCCCCUAUGACAAGCUAUUGAGCAUUGAUACCGUCACCCCACCUCAAUUAUAAAACACAAUUUCAUCAUGCACCAUUUUCCAUGCUCAUCCCUUAUUCCCAUAUAGAACAGUAUGGUCAUUUUGUGUUAGCGAGGGGAGGCAAGGAGAGGGGUAGUCUGGUUGAUACGACCCACAUGACUACACAUCGAAGAGCUGUGACCCACUUCGAGGACUUCGAAAGCUGGUGUCUGGAGGACUUCGAAAGCUGGUGUCAGCCAGACCAAGAGAGAGGGAGGAGAGGAAGGAUAAGCUGGUAUGAGUCAUCAGUAGUAGAGAGAGGCGAGAGCUCAGACAAAGUUCCUGUUGUUGUUGUCGCGAGUGUCCUUGGUGAGCUGCCAGAAAAGUAGGCUGUGUCAAUCAAACAAGCAGCGAGCAUAAUCCGGUGACCCCCACGCUCUAGCUAUGCACCUCACACCGCUUUCCUCCGAGCAGGGGGACACAGGGGAAGUGACACGCGGGUGACGGGUAACUGUCAUCACAAGGUUGCUAUGACCACCCUUGUUUUGACAGCAUACCUCCCCCUGAGUUGGUUCUCUCUCCUUGUAUCACAGCAACAAUGCUGGAUUCUAGUGUUAGUUGUCAAGAAAAUCUUGAAUCACGGUUAUAGAAUGCAGCUGAGGUGGUUGACCACAACUCAAUACUUCUGCAUUGCUCUCCCACCUAAUCCGAAUCUGUCAACACAGUAUAUUCACAUAACAGUGCCCUCCAGAGGCAUCAUACCCACUGAAACUGAGGGACAUGUGCCCCCUUAAUAUCAUCCGUUAGUAGGAUGAAAUAAAAAAAGAGAAAAUAGUAGUUUGUGUUCUUUUCAAGAUAUCAGACAUUAUGCCAUAUUUUGUACAUAAUCGUUACUGUUGAAGAGGUUGUUGCACACUUUAAGCAAGUCGAUGUUGAUGGGAUAUUGAGUGUAGCCCAAAGGGUUUAUCUUACUUAACGAUUCCAGAAUGCACUCUAGUUUGUCUCUCCUUUGUAUCGCUAUGUAUACAGUGUGUGUGUGUGUGUGUGUGCGCACAAGCGUGCACAGAAAUACUUGCAUUUGUGUGAGUGUUUGUGCAUCGGUGUGUCAAAUCCAGAGCGGAAUUUCAAGAGGAUGUGAUCAGGUCCUACUUUAAAGAGCGAUGAGAUGGAGACACUCUUCAAUGAUCUUUUAUUACUCCUCCUCCACACAUACCCCUCUUUUGUCACUUUCUCUCCAUCCCUCUCUUCUUUUCCCCCUCCCUCUUUCUCUCCCUCUUUGAUGAGGUCACUGGAGCCUGAUGUAUCACUCGCUUCAUCUCUUUAUAUCUCUUUCUCUCGCUCUGUCUCUCUGUUUCUGUCUCUCUCUCCUGUCUCUCUUUGUGGGUGUUAGGGAGCAGGAUGUGUCUAAUGCUAUGUUGCUGUCUGCUUAGCUCCAUGGUCCACAGUCAUACAGCUUCUCAUGAAAUCUGUCAACCAAAACAGUGUUGUGCUUUGUUUUUUCUUGUUUCAGGGAAUUUGUAUGUGUGGAUAAUGUAUUAUCAGGACAUUGGCUAUUUCAUAGAGUGGAGAAACCAGUAAAAGCAAGUAUUUUUGUAUUUGACAGACUUGUUAUUGUUAGAAAGGUUUCAUUAUUCUGUGUUCAUUGAUUGUACAGUAUGUAUUUAUUAGAGGUAUGAAUAUCCUUAGAAUAGUAUGUAUAGUAAAUGCUUCAGCAGCUGGAUUUGUUACUGCAUGCAUAUUGUAGCAAUUUUGAAUUGAAUCGUGUAGCUUACUAUAUUUAUGUGUAUUGAAUGUCAACAUAUUUGCUUCACUGAAAUAUGUGUCGUAACAGGGUUAUAAUUCAAUUUCCAAAGAACCCAAGUGGAACAGGACAAAGCAUAACUGUAAGAAGAUAUAUUGAAAGAUUGUGUAUGUAGAAUGUGUGCCAAAUAUUUGGGAAUUGUGUGAAAUGGUAUAGCAUAACAAAUCAAGCUAUGGAUUUAAAUACUGUAUAUUGAAAAUAAAUAUUGAGAAUAAAACGGUAAUAAGAUAAUUAUUUCUACUAACUUGUGCUCCGUUUGUGUGUCCAUUUGCCUCAGCUGCAGAGUUCGACCUGCCCUGCACCACUGCCCUAGAGAGUUAUUUUAUCUCUGCAGGGCCAGUAUUGGCCAACAUUGCUAAUUAGCGGCACAGUGGCAUCUAGUGCUAUCAGGAUGGUAAUUGCUGGAGCAUUAGCACCUUGGGCUUUGCUGUUUCAUGAUUUACAGAAUCUAUGCCCUGAUGGGUUUGUCUAAGAGUUACUCAGGCUGAUGGAGAGACCUGGUGGGUUACAUAAUAGAUUGAAUGCAAAUGUAAACCGUGCUACACCAACUCCAUGGUUAAACUGCUGUAACAAGUGUUGAGGGUUUAAAACAUUGUGAAAAGUGUUGAGUGUUAACAUAUUGUAACAAGUGUUGAGGAAUAAACUGGUGUAACAAGUGUUGAGUGCUAAUGGUUGCAUUGGUGGUGUGGCAGGGGCCAAAGUCCAUUCAGUGUACUGUGCUCUGGCUUUGCUAAAGACACUCAAAUGGGACAAAUGGAAUUUCCUAAUUUAAUACAAAAAAUAUAUGAGUUAUCUUCCAUACAUCCAUCUAUCCUUCAUCCCCUUUACGACACACACACACACACACACACACACACACACACACACACACACACACACACACACACACACACGUCAUCUAAAUAAUCAGGUGAUUAAUAUGCAGCGAGUUGCCAAGCAGCACAGACCGCAUCACUGCUUACCUUCUUCUCAUUAUAUCAACACCUAAAUGUAAAUGUUGUUUUGGUCACAAGAAUGCAAUAUUCACACAGGUCUGCAGAAGAACUGAGUGACUCAGAGAUUUACUGGUAAUUGAAGUACAGUGGGUAUCAUAAGUAUUCACCCCCCUUUAAGUUUUUCACAUUUUGUUGCAGUACAAAGUGAAAUUGAAAUAGAUUUAAUUGUCAUUGAAAAAAAAAAAAAUACUUCAUAAUGUCAGUGAAAAGAAAAUUCUACAAUUGUUUACAAAUUAAUAAAAAAAUUAUAACUAAAAUAUAGUCGUUGAAUAAGCAUUCAACCCCUUUGUUAGGCAAGCAUAAAUUAGAAAAAUGUAUAAGAUAUGACUUAACAAAUCACAUAAUAUGUUACAUGGACUCACUCUCUGUAAAAUAGUAAGGGUUGACAUUAUAUUUGAAUGACUACCCCUUCCUCUGUCCCCCAUACAUACAACAUAUGUAAGGUCCCUCGGUCUAGUAUUGAGUUGCAAGCACAGAUUCAACUACAAAUACCAGGGAGCUUUUCGAAAGCCUCAUAAAGAAGGGCAGUGAUUGGUAGAUGAGUAACAAUAACAAAUCAGACCUUGAAUAUCUGUUUAAGCAUGGUCAAGGUAAUAAUUAGGCUGUGGAUGAUGUAUUAAAAAACCCAGACACAUCAAAGAUACAGUCGUCCUUCUGAACUGAGCUGCAAGACAGGAAGGAAACUGCUUAAAACCGCUACAAUGGCUGUUAUGGGAAAACUAAGGAUGGAUCAAUAACAUUGAAGUGACUCCACGAUAAUGACCUCAAUUACAGAAUUAAAAUAAGUAUAAAAAUAAACAUGGUAAAUGAAUACACUUUUUGGCCUAAAUGCAAAGCCUUAUGCUUGGAGCAAAUCCAACACAAUACAUCACAGAGUAACUGCCUCCUUAUUUUCAAGUAUGGUGGUGGCUGCAUCAUGGUAUUGGUAUGCUUGACAUUGGCAAAGACUGGGGAGUAUUUCAGGAUGAAAUUAAACGGGAUGGAGCUAAGCACAGGCAAAAUCCUAGAGGAAAACCAGAUUCAGUCUGCUUUACACCAGACACUGGGAAAGGAAUUCACCUUUCAGCAGAACAAUAACCUAACACAAGGCCAAAUCUACACUGGAGUGGCUUACCAAGAAUUCAGUGAAUGUUCCUAAGUGAUUAAGUUGUGACAUAAAUCUGCUUGAAAUCUAUGGCAAGACCUUGCUUGAAGAAUUUUGAAAAUAAUAAUAGGCAAAUAUUGCACAAUCCAGGUGUGGAAAGCUCUUAGAGACUUACCCAAGUAGGCUCACGGCUGUAAUUGCUGCCACUACAUGUAUUGACUCAGGGGGAUGAAUGCUCAUCUAUUUAAAGUAUAUUAGUGUUUUAUUUUUCAUUAACCUUUAUAAAAUAUUAUAAUUUGUCUUCCACUUUGACAUUACAGCGUAUUUUUUGUAGAUCGUUGACAAAAAUGACAAUAAAAUCAAUUUGAAUCCCACUUUGUAACACAAUGAAAAGUGAAGAAAUCCAAGGGGGUGAAUACUUAUGAUAGGCACUGGAUAUCACCUUGGAUCAUUAAGAGAUGUGACUGUCA